AUGACGAACAGUCUAGAGCCUCCAUCACUCACCAUGGACCCUCGCAUUAGAGGUCGUAACCCUGACUAUGGCAAAAGACCUGCGAGCCGUUCGCCAGAGGGUGGUGUAUCGAGAAAGUUGAGCAAGACGAGUCCUCGCGAAGGCUCAUCGACGCCCAAUGCUCUUGAUGCCGCCACCUCUCGCCGGUCCUCAGUAUCUACGACUACGGCGGCAGGUCGCCCUAUGCAGCCUCCGAACGGAAGUGGUUUCAGAGGGGUCUCUCAACGGCCCAAUGCUCAGAAAGAAACUGGUUCGAACUACGUUGCUUCGCCCGACAGCUUAGGCAGUAAACGAAGCCGGCCCGAUGAGGUUCACAGCGGGCAGUCGACACCACGAAGCGCGAAUGGAACAACUACGACCCGCCAAGACUCUACACUGGCAAUCAACAACACACCCCUAGAGUCAGGACCCGACCACUUUAUGAAAUGCAUGAUCCAGAACACAGAAUUCUCGAAGCUCUCCAACGCGCGCGAUCAGGCUGAAGCACGUGUGAAAAAAGCUCAAAAUGAUUAUCAAAGCAUGUCAAAACACUUUAAUGGUUUUCCUGUGAUCAAGGAGCAGAAGGCACAAGCCCUCGCCGAUGCUAGGACAGCUCUGGAGACUACAAAGCGUGCCUUCGAGAAGCAGCAUAGCAUCCUGAGGCAGCUGUCGGAUGGAGUGGGCAAGUUUCCUAAAUCAACCGAAGUUAAUCCGCCUAGAGACUCUUCCGGCGAGACUAUCACAGUAACUAUUGAAGACUUCCGGAAGUUGUGCGAAAGAAUAUCCAAGCUGGAAUCAGAGGCUGCUGAUGCGAGCGCCGACUCUCGGACAAGAGAUAGAGUCUCUACGCUGGAGGUCAAACUUAAAGCCGGGCCUCAUCGCGAGGAGAUGGCAAAACUUAGGUCGGAACACGACAGCCUACGUUCGAAGGUCGAAGCGAGCCAAGUCGAGAUGCAGCAGCUCAAAUCAGAGACGAAGGCCGGAAGCGAAGCAAGCCUGACCGCGUUGCAGACCGUGAAACCACUUGCGCUCAAAGUUUCUUCCGACCUAGGCCAGAUAUCGGCUAUGCAGCGUGAGAUCAACAAUUUGAAACGCACAGCCGUCGAACUAAGUAAAGACGUCCAGUCAGGUAGAAACACAUCGCAAAUUUCCGGUAGAGCUGUUUCGCGGGAAGACAAUGAUGCAAAGCAGUCGGUCGAGAGACUGUCACGCGAUGUUUCCUCCUUUGGCCAGCAGCUUACAGAGCUGAAGACUGGGCAUGACAUCCUGAGACGUCAUGUCUUGCCUAUGGAUGAUGCUGCCCGUUUCGCAAAAGACGACCAGAGUAUUUCGGGCAAAUUGAGCGUUGCCAUAGAAGAUAUUGCGGCUCUCUUUGGGCUUAUGGAAGCUACCGUGGGCGAAGGAGAGGUGCCCGUGGGCAAAAGACUCUUAGAACUCGAACGAUUGGCCGACCAGUUCUCAACUCGACUCGAUCAGGUUCAAAGUGACGAGGAGAAGACAACGAAGGAGAUAAGAGGUCUGGGUGCCACAUCUUCAGCACGCUCUGACACCGACACUGCUGCUACGACGAUCUCAGACACCGUCCCUGAGGCAAACCGAUCAUCGAAGACUAUGCUCGAACCAAUAGAAGUCGAAGUCAAACAGCUCAAAACCGAGGUCGAACAGCUACGAGCCGACAAUGCACAUCGAGAACAAAUGAAAGAGCAGGAUGACGAGGUAAUCAUCAACCAUGUCUUUGAUACGAGCGAACGACAACUUGCGGAACAGAAGCAAUGGGUCGAGAGCGAAUUGACUACUUUGAGGGGCCAAAACACCAGGAACAGAGAAAGCGACUACAAGCAGAUCACAGCUUCGUUGACGGAGUUGGCCAGGUCGACUUCUGACACCUUCAAGGCUAUCAAGAGUGACGCGGAGGAUAUGAAGAAAAAUCAUGCUGAGCUGAACCAGCAGAUCGGCGACUUGGAAUUGGUGCGUGGGAAUAUCAGUGACAACCGUCGCCAGAUCGGCGAACUUGCAACGGACCUCGCGAACAAGGUCGACCGGACGCAAUUCAUUUCUUCUCAGGACACAUUCAAUAAGGGCCUAGAGGGCAUCCUGAAAACUCUCACAGAACAGCAAGCAUCGAUAUCUGCUUCCACUGCCCGCCAACAGCCUCCACGUCUACCGAACGGUACGUCACCAGCAGCAAGUAACGGGUUCCAACCACCUGCUAUGCGAUCACCACAAGUAAACGGUAUACCCAGAACGAAUGCCGUCGGAGCACCUUCUGGCAACCCCUCCACGGACCAGAAAUUGCAAGAAAUGUCCCAGAAAGUUGAAGCCCUAACCUACGCUUUUCAGAUGUUCCAACGCCAAUACAAUAACAUCACCUCCGACGACAUGGCGGCCAGAAUGCUCGAACAAUUCGGUGAUGUCUGGCCGCAUGCCAAGAACUAUAAUUCUGCAAUUGCCGACCUGAAUCGGUUGGUGGCGCAGACUUCUGUGGCGGUUGAGAGGGCGCAGGCCGAGGCGAGGGAGGCGGGAAGGGGCGCUGCUGAGACGAAGACGGCGCUUGGAGUGGUUGAGGUGGAUGUGAAGGGGUUGAAGAGUGAAGUUGGGGGGUUGAGGGGGAGGAUUGCGGUGCAAGAGGGGGAGAGGGAGGCUGUGAAAGAGUUUUUGGAGGGGGGAAGGAAGUGA